AUAUAAUCAAUUUUUUAUUUAUAUUAUAAUAUGUAAUUUAGUUCCUAAAUUCAUAAAUAAAACUCUAUAAAUUUAAUUCAUUUUAAUUCAUGUAUUAUAAUCGUUUGUUUAAUUGUGUGAUUCGACUAUCAAAUAUUAUAUCAUAAUAUGUAUUAUAAUAAUGGGAUUAACAGAAGAAAAGGUCCCAAAUCUCUACAAGAUUUUCAAGGGAUCAUUACUUGGAGGUAUGAUAAUAAACAUAUUUUUUACACCUUGUGAUGUUGUAAAGAAUUAUUGGUACUAUAACAACGCCUUGAGCAAAUGCAGGACUCAAAUGUCUUCUUUAAAUGUAGUAAAACACAUAUACAAAAAAAAUGGUCUAUCGAGCUUCUGGCUAGGUUUUACUUGGUCCAUGCCUUUGACUAUAUUUAGUCAAUCAAUAUUUUUAUAUACUUAUGAUAACAUUAAGAGCGAUGUUACGCCUCCUGUCGCUAGUUUAAUUUCUAGAUUCAUUUCACUCGUGCUAUCUCAACCUCUUGAUUGUAUGCGUACUUAUUACCAGGCAACACUAUACACAUCGCAAAGAGUAACAUUCAAAGGAAUUGUUAAAAAUAAUGGAUUUAUGUCACUAUAUAAAGGUUUCAACUCAACGAUGAUUCGGGACGUGCCAUUUUCAAUUAUUCACUGGCCAAUUAAUGAGUUUUUAUAUGAUAAAAUAACAUCGCUAGGAGUUUAUAAAAGAAGGAAAAUGAAUCGAUUUGAAUCAAUUGUUAUUCCCUUUGGAUGUGGAACUGUAUCUUCAUUAAUCGCAACAUUCAUAUCUCAACCAUUUGACAUAGUUAAAACAAAUCUGCAGACGAUAGGAGUUGACACUGAAGAGGCAAAAACACACCCAAACUCUUCUGGAAAGUUUAACAUAUUAUCGGAAUUGAAGAGAAUAAGAGCUACUUAUGGAAUGCGAGGUUUAUUUAUAGGAGUAAUGCCAAGAAUAAUUAAAGUGGUUCCUGGUUCAGCCAUAAUGUCGGCCACUUACCACUUUUUCAACUGAUAAUCAAAGAAUUUACAAGCAAUUGGAUUAUUAUAAUCCAAAUAAUGCACUUAAAAAUGUAAAUUACUAAGAUUAUAUAAAAUCUAUGAUAUACGUUGGUAGUAAUUAAGAGCGCAUCGUUAAGUAGGAGAUUUUAAAAGGAAUUAAAAUGUGUAAACAUUAUAGUAAUAAUAAUAAUUUUUAAAAAAGGAAUAAUU